CGAGGAAUAUAUGUUUAGGUUUUGGAGGAUUUCUGGUUCAAGCUAAACUCCGAGAGCAUCGUUGCUUCCUCUGAGAUUUGUGUCCGCUAAAACCCUAACAAUAGUUUGACACAACCGUGCAAAUUCGACCGGAUUCUGUCUAUUCAAGGGAGAAGUAGAACGGGGAAUGGGUCGGCCGGAACCUUGUGUGCUCUUUGCCCAAACAUUUGUCCACCCUCAACUAGAUGAAUUCGUUGAUGAGGUAUUAUUUUCAGAACCAGUUGUCAUCUCUGCAUGUGAGUUUCUUGAACAGAGUGCUUCAUCCGGAUGUUCAGCAGUGCAACUUGUCGGGGCAACUUCGCCUCCUUCAUUUGCCAUGGAGGUUUUUGUUCAGUGUGAAGGGGAGACAAGGUUUAGACGAUUAUGUCAGCCAUUUUUAUAUUCUCAUUCUUCAUCAAAUGUUCUUGAUGUUGAGGCUGUAGUCACCAACCAUUUGGUAAUUAGGGGCAGCUAUCGCAGCCUAAGCUUGGUCAUAUAUGGUAAUACUGCAGAAGAUCUUGGCCAAUUCAAUAUAGAAGUUGACUUGGAUAACUCUCUAGUGAAUACUGUUAGUUCUGUGGAAGGAAACAUUGAAGACCUUCCUCCUGCGUUACGCCCUACUACUGAGACUUUACUGGAAAACUUAUCUCCUUUGAAAACUUUAUCUCUCAGAGCUCAUCAGGUUGAUACUCCAAUAGAGAUCAAGCGGUUCUUACAACUCACACUUAAAAUUUUGGGCUCUCAAAAUGUUGGGCUUGUAACAAACAGACUUCUUAGUUCCAUAUUAUCAGUUGCCUCAGUUUAUGCAAUGCCUUGUCUGCAUUCCAUAACUACCAUCCACAAGCAACUUGGACUAGAUAAGUUAAUUUUCGAUGACAAGGUUCAUAAUGUCAUCAGUGAAGCCAUAAAGGAGCUUUUUGAGAUGCAUAAGGACCUUAAUUAUGAAGAAGGGAAAGAAUUAGUUGAAUGUUCAAUCGAAGGCGUGUGUACAGCAUCAGAUAUAGAUAGUGAUGGUACCGAGCAGCUUGUCAAUGCAUUGAUUCGCUACAAAUAUGAUUACAGUAUCUGCAGUGACAGAAACCCUGGGCUUUCAAAGAAAGAGAAUGUCAUUCUUUGGUUAUCAGUGGCUCUUGUCUUGUGCUCUGCUAGAGAAAGCUGCUUUCACUUUGUUAACUAUGGUGGAAUGGAGCUACUUGGAUAUGCUUACUUGCAGAAUUCAACUGCCCUGAAGCUAAUGCUUCUUGGAGUUAUAGAGCAGGCUACUCGGCAUUCAGUUGGCUGUGAAGGUUUCCUCGGUUGGUGGCCUCGUAAAGAUGAGAGUGUCCCUUCCAGUAUCAGUAAUGGCUAUAAUCAGUUGUUGAAGCUGUUAAUAAAGUGUCAGCGGCAUGAUGUUGCUUCACUUUCAACUUAUGUACUUCAUCGUAUACGCUUCUAUGAAGUGGCCUGUAGAUACGAGCAUGCAGUUUUAUCCAUACUGGAGAGCCACCUUUCUAUUGGUAGUCAGGAUCAAAGUGACACAUUGGACAUGCUUGCCAAUGCUAAAUUCCAAAUAAAAACUCUUCUGAAAUUAAUAAAUUCUAGUGGCCCUAUUGAAGAUCCUUCCCCGGUUGCUUGUGCAAGUAGAUCUUUGCUUGGUGAUGGGCAAAUGUCUUAUGAAUCUACAAGUGGCUUGAUUCCACUGUCCAAGUGUUGCCAUCCUAACAAAGAUGUUGACAUACAUUUGCUUUCUCUUCUAAAGGAGAGAGGUUUCCUUCCCUUGUCUGCUGCUUUAUUAUCUUUUUCUGCUCUGCGAACUGUUAAAGGUGGCAUGCUGGACAAUCUUCUGGAUAUUGUGUCUUAUCUAGAGGCCAUAGUUCUUUCACUUCUCUCUUGUCGUUCAGGACUAGUUUUUCUUGCUUGCAAUCUGGAACAGUCUACCACUUUAGUUCAUGCCUUAAGGGGAAGUGAUAAAUGGGAGAAGGAAAAUUCAAUUUCUCUUCGCUAUGCCUCUGCCUUGAUUUCUAAGGGGUUCUUUCUGUACCCGCAUGAAAUUGCAUUAAUUAUGGAGAUGCAUUUGAAAGCGAUUAAUGCUGUAGAUCUUUUAGUUACAUCUAAUCAGAACUCUGAGGAUUUCUUAUGGAUUCUGUGGAAGCUUUGUGGUCUUUCCCGGUCUGAUGGAGGACGUGAAGCUUUGCUGAAUUUGGUGCAUUUUCCUGAGGCUGUUUCAGCAUUAAUGGCAACAUUACACUCUGCAAAGGAAUUGGAUCCGAGCUCUUUAAGUACUGUUGCUUCACCAUUAAACCAUGCAGUCUUUCACUCUGCUGCCGAAAUUUUUGAAAUCAUUGUUUCCGAUUCGACUCCAUCUUCUCUGUCAUCUUGGAUUGAACAUGUUAAGGACCUGCACAAACUAUUACUUUCUUCUUCUCACGGUUCCAACAAAAAAGAUGCUCCAGCCAGACUUCUGGACUGGAUUGAUGCUGGCUUAGUUUAUCACAAAAACGGGGCCAUUGGUCUUCUACGGUAUGCUGCUGUGUUGGCUUCUGGAGGAGAUGCCCAUAUGACGUCGACAAAUGUUUUAGCAUCUGAUGUGAUGGACAUUGAUAAUAUUAUUGGUGAUUCUUCUAGUGCUUCUGAGGGUAACCUGAUUGAUAGUAUUCUUGGGAAACGCAUCACCGAAAAAGAUUUUCCCGGUGUUUUCCUUCGCGACUCUUCUGUUGUUCAGUUGACAACUGCUUUCCGAAUUUUGGCAUUCAUUUCUGACAAUUCGACUGUUGCUGCUGCACUUUAUGAUGAGGGUGCUGUGAUGGUUGUACAUGCUGUAUUAAUAAACUGUAGGCUCUUGCUUGAAAGAUCGUCUAAUGUCUAUGAUUAUUUAGUUGAUGAGAGUACAGAAUGCGGUUCGACUUCGGAUAUAUUGCUUGAGCGUAAUCGCGAACAGAGCUUAAUUGAUCUUCUCAUUCCUUCUUUGGUGCUGCUGAUUAAUCUAUUGCAGAAGUUACAGGAAGCAAAGGAGCAGCACAGAAAUACAAAACUCAUAAAUUCUCUCGUACAAUUGCACCGAGAAGUGAGCCCAAAGUUAGCUGCCUCUGCAUCAGAUCUAUCUUACUCAUGUCCCAAAAUAGCCCUUGGUCUUGGAGCUGUUUGUCAUCUUCUUGUGUCAGCAUUAGCCUGCUGGUCCAUUUAUGGGUGGACUCCUGGACUCUUCCAUUUUCUAUUUGACAAUCUUAAUUCAACUUCAGUUGUAGCACUUGGCCCAAAGGAAACUUCUAGCCUUCUGCUCCUUCUGCAUGAUCUGUUUCCAGAUGAACGUGCCUGGCUUUGGAAAGAUGGAAUGCCAACAUUAGCGACUCUUAGAACAUCUGCAGUAAGAACGCUGUUAGGACCUCAAAAAGAAGAAGAAGUUAAUUGGUACUUACAGCCUGGACACAGUGAGAAACUACUUGGCCAAAUGGCACCACAACUUGGAAAAAUUUCUCAGAUUAUUCUGCAUUGCUGUGUCAGUACAUUGAUUGUAAUGCAAGACAUGUUGCGAGUCUUCAUCACUCGCAUCACAUACUUGAGCACUGAUACUGCUUCAGUGCUCAUACGACCCAUCGUAUUGAAGAUUCAUGAUCAUCUUUCUGACCCUUCUACAUUGUCAGAAGUGGAUGUCUACAAGGUUCACAACAUGCUACUUUUCAUUUCUCUUCUAUUAGAACAUCCACAUGCCAAGAACGUUAUAUCAAAGGCUGGUGUCGUUCAAAUGCUACUUGAAGUGCUUCAGAAGUGUUUAGAUGCUGCCAAUUCGGACCCCAAAGUGUUCCUACAGAACAGAGCCGUUAGUGGCAAGAUGACUUCAACAGUUAGCUGGUGCACACCAGUUUUCAAGUCAAUCUCAAUAAUAUCUGAUAGUCAGACACAUGGACACAUCAGUUCGGCGCCUGAGAGACACAUCCCAGAAGCUUUCACAGCUGUGGAAUGUACCUUUGUCCUUACACAACUGCUCACAUUUUUCAAGAUCCUGCCAGUGGAAAAAGAAUUGCUUGCCUGCCUCUCAGCUUUUAAGGAAAUAGGACGUUCGGCACAAGGAAAAAGUUCUCUGCAUUCUAUUUUUCUGCAAAUUCAGUCUGCUGAUGAGGAUUAUGAAUCUGAGAGUUGCUGUGCAAAUGUUAUUUACAACAUGAAAACAUAUGCCUGGAGGGAUUAUCCUCCUUUAGCUUAUUGCUGGAGGUUGCUGUUAAAUUCCAUUUCUUCACAGAAUAUUCCUCUGGUAUUAAGUGUUGAGGCUAUUGGAACAUUAUGUUUGGGUUCUCUGAACUUCUGCAUGGAUGCAGAAAGCCAGAUGAAACCUGAUCUUGAUGAUGACCUUCAAGGAAUAGAUAUUGUUUUUGAUGCUGAGGUGUGUGAACCUGAUGAUGAUAAGUUGCCUUUUCCUCAACCGGAUGAUCCUCUUCAACAGAAUUCUCCUCCCCGUUCAAUUGUUGAAGAGACGGCAAGUGAAGAGACCAGACAGUCGUCGCGUGUGAUGUCUUACACAGAAGAAAACACACAGAGUGAAUUCUCUUCGCGGAUGUCGGUUUUUCGUCCCGAGGUUGGAUUGACACGUGAACCAAGUAUUUCUUCAGAGCGGAAGUUCAAUGAUCAGCCUGAGGAACUGAGGAGUUCUGUAGUUAAAACUUCGACUUCAUCUCUAAAGCCAGCUGUGGAUUCUCAUUCACCAACAGAAAUGUUUUCUAGAACCAAUGUAAAGCCAAAUCAUGCGAAUGUUCCACAAAAAUAUUAUGAUAAGAAAUCGCAACUGGGUCAGCCAAAUGUACCUCCCAUGAUGCCUAUUGCAAUUGCCUCACCUGUAGCCGCUCAACAAGACUAUAAGUCUAUGCGGACAAGCUCUUCUGCUUCUCUGACAUCCAGUCCUAUGCCAGAUUUAAAGUAUCGGACAUCAACUUCUUCAUCUAUCCGACCUUUCCCGCCACUUCCCCCGACACCGCCACCUUUUGGGGUUAACCCAAGUAGCCUUUCCUUAUUAAAGCCUUCCACUUCACAUUCACCGGGAUACAAUCAGAACAAUGAGGUUCAGCAUGCCUCUGCAAGUGAUGGUGCCCACCUGUCUAACCCUUCCGCUUCAGGACCAUUACUAACACCAUUUUCACCCCCUCCUUCUUUAGCCCCUCAUUUGAUUUUCAGCAGACCAUAUGGAAGUAAUAGCCCGGUUCUGCCACAUCAUGCCGACAACCUUCAUUCUAUUGGUCAGUUGCAGCCACUACAGGUACCUCAAAUGCCUCGUCAUCCUCCAUCACAGCAACUCAGACCGUUUGUUCAAUCGGAUCAGGGGGUUUCGUUGUUACAGCAGAGCCGAAUGCACAUGCAAAUGCAGCAGCAGCAACCGUUGCCACAGAUGAUGUUGCAGCAGCAACCUCAACUUUCUCCAGCUCCUCCACCUCAUCCUCCCGUUUAUUAUAAUACCAAUAAUAUUCAACAGCAGCAUGAAAGUAUUUCACAUCCAUUAACACAACAUCAACAGCAGCAGCACCGACAACAUGAUCUUCUACCACAAGGUUUACAUCAACAUGGUGAUAGUGCGUCCCAGCAACAAGAUUCCGGGAUGUCAUUGCAAGAUUUCUUUAAAUCUCCAGAAGCUAUUCAGUCUUUAUUGAGUGACCGGGAUAAACUCUGCCAGCUGCUCGAACAACAUCCCAAACUUAUGCAGAUGCUUCAGGAUCGAUUAGGGCAAUUAUGAUGUCAUCAAAUUGAAUGGUUUGCUUGAAAGUAGGAGUAAAAAAAGUUGGAGCAAUUACACCACUGAAACUUGAGUCCCCAUUGCUUUCAGCUGGUUAUAUUUACUUGUAUGUACCAUGAAUGUUUUUUUUAUUAUUAUAUUUAUUUUUGGUCUCAUUUGUACUGUAAA